CCUUUGACGUUGACGAGCCAAGACAAAAACCAUAACCGUUAUUUCUGAAGCUUCAAAAAUGGCGCCGCCGUUCUCUUCCGCAACUCUGGUGUGGUCCACUCUCGAGCCCAAGCUGAACUCUCCGAAAUCCCUCUUCUCCAUCUCAGAGACUUACCGCGGAGGAGUCGACUCCUUGAACUCUGCUUCCAGCAGUGUUAAUGUGUCUGCCUGGGGCGCUGCUGCCAACUACGCCGGGCUUCGAGGUGGUACCGUCAAAUUCUCCCUCAAACCUGUCACCUGCGAACGGUUUCUGCAUAAUAGAGUUGGAGUCGUGAGGUGUGCGACUAUUGAAGAAAUCCAAGUAGAGAAAUCUUUGAUAGAGAAAGAUGUUAAGGCAAGAAUGGAGAAGACAAUUGAGUCAGUUCGGAGGAAUUUUAAUUCCAUAAGGACAGGGAGAGCGAAUCCAGCCAUCUUAGAUAAGAUUGAAGUGGAAUAUUAUGCAAAUCCAGUCAGCUUGAAGAGCAUUGCUCAAAUCAGUACACCUGAUGCAAGUUCUCUCUUGGUUCAGCCUUAUGACAAAUCCAGACUUCCUCCAAGGUUAAAGGCUAUAGAGAAAGCCAUAGUCAAAUCUUAUCUGGGUUUCACUGCAAAUAAUGAUGGUGAAGUCAUACGACUGUCUCUACCUCAGCUGACAACUGAAGGAAGGAAGCAAUUGUCCAGAGUUGUUGCAAAACAGGCUGAAGAAGGAAAGGUAGCACUGAGGAACAUAAGAAGAGAUGGCAUAAAAGCCUAUGAAAAACUUGAGAAGGAGAAAAAGCUUUCUGAAGACAUUUUUAAGGAUCUAUCAAGUGAUUUGCAGAAACUGACGGAUGAGUAUAUCAAGAAGAUUGAUACCCUCUACAAGCAGAAAGCGAAGAAUUUCAAUGUUUCACAUGAAUUAAUCACAAAUGCAAAGAUGGAUGGAGCUCUGUGGAUCUUGUGCUGGAGAAUUCCAUCACUAUAAUAACGGUCUACACUAAGCUUGUCUUACAGAUAUUUAGACAGUUUCAUUCCACCCAUAUGGUAUUCAUUUCUAAGAUAUUAUUUAGAGAAGAGAUUUCUUCAAUUUGAAGUACUGCCGGACAUGUACAUGGAAAUGUUUAACAUAAAUAGAGAGGGAAACACAACGUCCGCGGAUUCUUCCCCCUUUUAGGGUCUGGUGGCAGGUGUACCUACAGGGCCUUCGUUACCUUUUACAUUAAUUAAUGGAAUGGUUAAAUUUUAUUGCUACCAACUGACAGGGGCAUUGUGACAUCCCUGACAUGAGAAAGGUGCUACUUUCCCACACUCAGCAUAUUAGAAAAUUUUGCUGUUGGCAGAUGAAAUUGUAUCGGCUCAUAACCGAUAUCAUGAGAAAAGGUUGACGGUCUUUUGUCUCUGUUCAAUCUAUGCAAGAGCCUCAUAGUUGAUUUUGCUGACCACCACAUUUAAUUGUGUAAAAGAAUUAAGCUGUUUGUAAUUUGUAUACAAGUUUUAGCUGCAGUUACACGAAUUCUCAUGUUAAUAUUCUCCUUAUCUUUGAUUAAAUGCUUCAUGUUAUUGAUUGAUGUUUAACAGAUACCAAUCAUGCAUUUUGUAUUUCAGGAGUUGCUGAAGGUCUAAAUGACAGUUUGUCCAGACAUGUAAAGAUUGGGCUUCCUUCCUCAUUAAAACAAGCAAUUUUGCCUGCCUUUUCUUUUUGGUGUGGGGGACACAGAUUCUGUUGUAUGGCAUCUUUACCUGCAAAAGGUGCUUUAAAACUCAGUUGAAAUGGAAAGAAUUUUUUGCGUUGGAAUUGGCCAUGAAAAUCAGUAUCAAUUAAGAACCUUUUUUAUUUUUUGUUUGGGUGGGGAAAUGUAUGUGACUUUAUAGUUUAUAUUUAAUAUGGGCCAGCCUUGGAAACAAU